AUGGCGACUACCACUACCAGCUCAAUGGUGACAAUGAACUCUUAUAUCUCUCCCAGUGGCUCCUCGUAUCUUUCAGCAUCGACCACAAGCUUGACUUCGAUUCUCGAGUUUUAUGUCGUUCUGGUAAAUCAACGACAUCGCAUGCGUAGAGGAGCUAUUAUGGCAAUCAUCGCCAUGGGACUAGUCAUGGCCGCAAUUAUUGGAUUCUGCAUGGUUAGAAUGUUCACAAAGCACAGUCCCAACAAGAACUGGCAGUCAUCUGACGGAGUUGUUGCAAAUCAUGAGCGGAUGGUCAUUGGGGAGAGGUUUCAAGGCAACCAGAACCAACGAAUGGCACUCUGA